GUUCCGCAGCUCGGAGGGUCGAUUCUUUUGGAUUAGUUGUGUGCGUGCGCCCGUGGUAAGUGGUGGUGUAGCUGUUGGCUCGAAUUACGCGGACUCGCGCGAUUUUCUCCAUCGCGGCAAUAAUUCGUCAGCUGACGGGAGGAACUGGACGGGCGCGCGCGUGUGCCACUCUGACUGCGAGACAGACGAUAUCACGAAAAUGUCGAUCGGCGACAGGUUGGCGGCUAUAAUGCGGAAACCCGGACAGGACACCGCCGACAAGGACGACGUGCCCUGGUGGAUGAAGUACGCUGGAAGGGGUCUUGGGACUGUCGGCAGCUUUAUUGCAAUCUUUUUGGGCGCAUGGAAUUGUGCAUCAAUUUUAUUAGCGCAAGUGGACUGCUUCUUAGGUGGCUUGUGGCAAAUGGUUGCUGGAUUUAUAGUCGUUACUAUCGAAGCACCCUGUUGUUGUUUAUUCAUUGCCUUUGUUCAGAAUUUAAGUGACUGGGUAGAUACGAGACCCUAUUGGAAUAGAGCAGCUGCUUAUUGCGUCCUCGCAUUACCAGCAAUUUUUCUGUGUCCUGGCAUAGGGACUAUAUUUGGAAGUGGAUUGAUAUUCGCUACCGGUGUAAUUUAUGGAAUGAUGGCUAUUGGCAAAAAGGCAUCGAGGGACGAAAUGAGAGCAACAGUUAUCACUGAUUCGCAAGGAAUGUCAUCAAAUACAAAGUCAACAUUAGUUCAAAAUGCUCAACCAAUGGGUGUAAGUGAAAGACCUGACAGUAAUGUCUAAUUGUCAAAUACGGCACAUUGAAUGUUUAUGCGUGAUAUCAGUGUACAAGCCAAGAAAAAGAGUUUCUUAAGCAUUU